AUGCUCGAGUACGCGACGCCGCGGCGCUUGCUGGUCUGCGGCAAGAACGGCGCCUUGGUGCGCGAGGACAUCGAUCCGAACAGCGACUCGCAGAUCGUCGCGACGCUCGAGCGCUUCGAGGCCGCCGUCGCCGUCGGCGAGCUGCGCGUCGGCGGCAAGACGCGGCUCCAGCUGACGUCGCCCGUCAGCGGCUGGGCGAGCGCCUCCGUCUUCGUCGAACGGGAGGACGUGAUCACGCGCGACGACUGGGCGGCGACGCGGCGCCGCGCCGAGGCGCUCAGCGCCGCGGGCCGCCACGGGCCCUGCGAGGUCCUGUCGACGGCCCCGCUCGCCUUCUGCGUCCGCGACUUCGCCACGGGCGCCGAGUGCGAUCGGAUCAUAGCGGAGGCGACGCCGAGGCUGUCGGCCGCGCUCGUCGCCGGCGACGGCGCGGGCGAGCAGGCGGGCUCCUCGCGGAGCGCGCAGGUCGCGUGGGUGCCGCGGUCGCCGGACGACCCCUGGCUCGCGCGCCGCGUCGCCGAGCUCAUCGACGUGCCCCUGUCGCACGCGGAGUCGCUCCAAGUCGUGAAAUACGGCGCCGGCGGCGAAUACAAGCCGCAUUUCGACGCGUUUCCGCUCGACGCGGCGCGCGGGCGCCGGGCCGCCGUGCGCGGGCGCACCUACGCGGGGCAGAGGCGCGUGACGGCGAUCUUGUACUUGAACGACGUCGAAAAGGGCGGCGGCACGGCCUUCCACUCGGAGACGCCCGCGGAGUUCGUCGUGCGGCCGCGGCGCGGGUCGCUCUUCGUCUUCUACAACUGCUACGAGGACAGCACGGACCGCCACCCCAUGUCGCUCCACGCGGGCCUGCCCGUGGCGCCGGGCGGCACGAAGUGGAUCGCGAACAUCUGGUGGCGGUCGUCGCCCUACCAGAAGACGUCGGACGUCGCGGCUCCGAGCCGGGACGGGGGGUAA